GUCUUAGGUCCUCCGUCGAUACCCUCGAGAGCGAUCCAAUUGGACAACCAAGCCGUUAGAAUGAAUUAAAGUAUGCCCUAUCCAAGCCGUGCCAUUAAAACUUGGUACCUGAGUCAUUCAUACUCAUCUCUAGGAUUUUCAUUCAGUAGUCUUCGAGUCGGAGGGAGUGCUGCUACGCUCACGUGGUCAUCGUGGCGGACUUAGGGGAUAUCGCUUGGAGCUUAAUUCGACCUCAACCUCAUGCGUCAUUCCAUCCCAUCUCUCCCUCCUCUUCCAUCUCGCCCCUCACUACUCUCAUCCAACUUCGGUCUACUCGGAGACUUCUGUAUCACCACAAAAACUCUCCACUCCCGUCACCGUAGCUCAAAAUGGGUGCCUGGGGUUAUAACUUCCUCGAGUCCGACCAUGACUAUGACAUUGCGAGCGAACUCGCCGACGAAGCUGGCGUCGAAGACUUUAUGUUUCCCGAUGACCCCGCUGUCACUGUCGACAAGCUCAAUGACGGCCUCCUCAAGGCGAUGUUCGACAAACGUCAAAAGAUGCGCCCGCAACCGAGGUACGAGAUCGUCAUGCUCGCUGUCCUCGCCAUGAAGCUUGGUUGCGCCAUCGAGGAGUCUCACAUCAAGCUCAUCAAGCGUGUGUAUCGUCGUUGCGAAAUGAGCGAUGAGAAAAUGGACAGGAUGAAGCAGGCGCUGAGCAAGUACACCAAUGGACAGCCGCACAACUUCGGUGACAAAGGUCUUCUUGAGACCGCCAUGACCCGCUUCGGUGAUAAAGACACACCUCAGGAGAAGAGCAAACAUGGAGAAGCCUCCACCGAGAAGAAGAAAGAAAUCUACGGAGAUGCAGACUCCGAUGGUGGCGAGCAGGCUGCUGUGCAGGUUGCAAGAAAGGCGAAGAAGCCACAGCAGAACAAUGGAGGAGUUGCCUUGAAGAAGGGUACAAAGAGAAGCCACAGUGAGACCGAUGCUGCGGAUGUUGAGGAGGUUGUGAGGGAGCCAAAGAGACUCAGCAUGUUCGAUGACCUCCCUCCUAUCUCGUAUUCAGCCCCUAUUCUCAAUCAGCCAGCCAUACAACCACGACAUACACUUCCCUACCGCCCGAUGGGGUUCUAUCCCGGCUACCCUCUCGUUCAAAAUCACCCAUACUCAACCUCAACCCCAUACCAAGUGCAAUGUAUUUGUCCCAUUCAUUGCCCGAUGUGGAACCCUAUAUAUCGGGCUCCUCAGCAGUUCCGUGUUCUUGGGAGCUCUUUCUACUCGCAGGCCCCCAUGCCCACUUCUAUGCUCUGGCCGUACCCUUCUCUGACGUACAAUGGCAGAACUCAGAGCCCUCAUGGCGUGACUUAUGACGGGCAUACUGGUCCUCAGUCCAUCGGAGGCUCGAACCAGUACCAGGCUUCGUACUCUUACUAUUGAGGCUCGGCGGACCUCCGACUGCGAUAGGAACCUUCUUCAUCUGUGGUCAUAACUAGGAAGGGCUCUAAAAGCUCAACAGGAGUCUAAUACGAUUUAACAUGACGCAUCUUACGAAUAUGUAUGAUUUUCUUUCACGCCGAGCGUUCACGAUCAUGCUUUCGUUCACGACGGAAAUGAAGUUACGGUAUGCUUACUAUGUGAUACUCGUCACGCUCUUUCAUGUGAGAAAUUUGUCGGUGUUCUGGCAAAAGGUUUCGAGCAAGUUGCGGAGUGGAAAUAAUGGUGCUUCUUACAUGGCGUCUUUCCAUGUUAAACGACCUGGUAGAGGUCAAUGUAGUGUGGCUCAAAAGUCGACUCCGUUAAGAAGGAAUAUAAAUUAAAUGCUGAGAAAAAGCAAAAUAUCUUUCAACU